GGCAGCAUGUUCACGGUGUUGGACGGCGAUGAUGAAGACGGCUGUGAGCCCGGGGAGAGGCCGGACGGCGCCCAGCAGUGGGCACGGGAGAAGUUUGCUUACGUCCUCGGCGAAAACGCAGGGGACGAGGCGGAGUCGACCAUCCAGAAGUGUCUGUCUGAGCACAGCACCAUGAGUGUGGAGGAGGUGCAGAAAUUGGGGAGCAUCUGGGAACUACCUAUGGAUCAUCGCUGGAGGCUCUACAGGAAAUGGAGAGCAGCCUACCAGGAGAAACUCAAUGAGGCAAUGAAUGAGAAACUGAAGCAGUACGAAAGCCUGACCCAGGAUAUGUCCGCUCUGGAUCUGGAGGAAACUCUGAUGCUGCUGGGAGAGGCUGCAGUGGUUGGCAUGACGACCCCAGUGACGGCGAGGUACAGGACCCUGCUGCAGCGCGUCAGGCCCCGGGUGGUGAUCUUGGAGGAGGCAGCAGAGAUCCUCGAGGCCCAGGUGAUGACCAUGCUCUCACCCGACUGCCAGCACCUCAUCAUGAUCAGCGACCAGCCUCAGCUGGGGCCAAAGGUGGCGGAUCUGGAGCUGGCGGCUGAGACCCGACUCAACGUCUCGCUGUUUGAACGGAUGGUCCGGAACCACAUCCCCUUCGUGCAGCUCCAGCAGCAGCAUCGAAAGGGACCUGCUGUCUCCCGACGGAAGUUCCACCCCACCCCUGAAGGUCCCAGGUCCAUGUCCCAGUAGAGGGACUUCAAGGAGGGGGUUGAUGGGCCGAAGGGCCUACUACUGCUCCUACUUCUCUGGUUCCUGUUUCCACAGGAGGUGGGGGCGACCAACAGCAGUAGAAGGCCGAGGCUCAGAGCGCCAACCCCCCCCCCGGGAGCACAUCGACGGUGGGUAGGUCAGUACUUGUGAUGGAUCGGGCAAUAUCCACCACUCUCUAGUCUCCUUCCUUCAUGGCCGUUUGAGUUGAAAAUCAACAAUCAAUAUUCCUCCCCCCCCCACGGUGGCGCAGCGGUAGAGUUGCCGUCUCACAGUCAUGGAGACCCAGGUUCGACCCCGACUACGGGUGCUGUCUGUACGGAGUUUGUACGUUCUCCCCUUAACCGCGUGGGUUUUCUCCAAGAUCUUCGGUUUCCUCCCACACCCCAAAGGCAUACAGGUUUGUAGGUUCAUUGGCUUGGUGUAUGUGUAAAUUGUCCCUAGUGUGAGUAGGAUAGUGUUAGUGUGCGGGGAUCGCUGGGCGGUGCGGACUCGGUGGGCCGAAGGGCCUGCUUACACGCUGUAUCUCUAAAGUGAACUGAACACAGCACACCUGCAAAAUCUGGAGAGUAUGGGUCCACACUCCGAAUCUCCUCGAUCUUCUAAGUGGAGGUGUCCCCAUCGUAGCUGGGGUUCCUUGGUCAGUCUAUGGAUGUUCCUUCACAGUAGAUGUAGAAUACAAGGACAAAGGACAUUCAUUGUCACAUACACCAAUUGGUGCAGUGAAAUUUGAGUUACCAUGCAGCACACAAAUAAGAUAAACACACCACUUUAGAAUUUAACAUAAAACAUAAAAAACAUCCCCCCCCUACAGCGGGAUCAACGUUUCCCACUGUUAGAGGGAAGGCACCAAAGUUCAGUCCACUUCCUCUUGGUCAUGUAGACCCAUGAACUGCAAAAAAAACCCCACACAAAGUGCUGGAGGAACAGCAUCAUGUCUGACCCGCUGAGUUCCUCCAGUACUUUGUGUCAUCUUUUUCCACAGUCUAGAGCCUGUUACUAUUUUUAUACACAUAUAUUUUAUAAGUUUAGUUUAUUAUUGCCACGUGUACCGAGGUACUAUGAGAAGCUUUUGUUGCGCGCUAUCCAGUCAGUGUGAAAACUAUACACGAUUACAGUCGAGCCAUCCACAGUGUACAGAUAAAGUAUAAGGGGAACAACAUUUGUUUCAAAGAUAGUUCAAAGGGUCUCCAUUGUGGAAGGUCAGGACCGCACUCGAGUCGUUGAGCUAUUCUUUAUCUCUGGAGAAAUACAAAGUGUACGUGUACAGAUCUUUCUAUUCAUCAAGAGUUUAAUUGUCCUAUGCACCAGGAAUGGAACAAUGACAUCCUUGUUUCCGUAGAUGGAACAACUUGACAAAUGAUUAAUGUUAUUAUUGUUGAUUGUACAUUUAUCGGUCACUCUUAAGGGCUUUUCCCACUAGUCCCGAGUUAUUCACGAACUCUCCCGAGUUUUCAAACUCGCAGAAUGUUCGUAGCGAGGCCGUAGAAGUCUAUGGAUAUAUCGUAGCGGCUCGAUAUGCCAGCCGUAGGUACUCGGGGCAUCGGGUAAGUCGGGAUGUUUUUUCCAGCAUGUUUAAAAAUGUCCACGAGUAAAAAGAUAGCCCUGAGUACCCACGGCUGGCGUAACGUGCGGCUACGAUAUAUCCAUGGACUCCUACAGACUCGUCAUGAACAUUCUGCGAGUUUGAAAACUCGAGAGACGUCGUGAAUAACUCGGGACAAGUGGGACAGGCACUUUUCUACGCUUCGAAGGCCACACCUUAUACGGCGCACCCGUGGACUAUUAUAUCGGCCCCGAGUGUCCAGUUUUGGCCAGAGUUGGACUGUGUUCUCCAUCCCUAUGGGGUGGGUGCACUGAGCUUCAGGGUGUGCCUGAGCCACUGGUCUGACAUGGGUCAUCGAGGCACCUGGCAGUGGGAGUACCAUCCUGUUCAUCCAACCAACAGCAAAACCCCGCACUCGCCGGCACGCCCGAGGUAAAAUCCAAACCUACUGGAAGCUCUGGGCAGGGCUGGGCAGCGCCCGUGGAGAAGGGAAGACAAAGUAAUAAGAGUGAAGACACGAGGAACUCCAGAUGCUGGUUUACAAACCAAACCGAUGCACGGUGCUGGAGUAAGCCAGCGGGUCAGGCAGCAUCUCUGCGGUAACAUGGAUAGGCGACAUUUACCACCUAAAAGUUCACAAAAUGCCAGCGAGUCGGGGCAGCAUCGCCAGAGACCAUGGAUUGGUGACAUUUACCCCUAAAAGGACAUACCGUGCUGGAGUUACUCAGCGGGUCGGGGCAGCAUCUCAAAAGCAACAUGGAUAGGAGAUGUUUCAGGUCGGGACCUUCCUUCAGACUGUAGAAGUUCCAUGCUCUCCUGAGAGGUGGCCUGACGCAAAGAAAUAGGACAUUGUUUCAGCUUGAUGGCACUUUAGCCAAGUAAAGACGGACAGAUUGGAAAAUGGUCACCAGCCUGCAAGAAGUCCUGGUUCCUGUGGGUGCGCAAUAAAAUCAUAGUUGAACCACCACUUGUUCAUCUCUGUUUCUACGCUGGUCGGGGGCUGAGGGCAAGAAGAGUGGGCAGUGGCGCUUACGGCUGUGGCUCUGAGCUGUGCCACCGUGGGCCUUACUGGGUUCAUGUUUAUUAUUGUGUGUACCGAGGUACAGUGAAAGGCUGUGUUUAUGCGUGGUGCCCCAUCAAAUGGGAUAACACUGCACAUAAAUACAAUCCAGCCAAACUCCAGUACAAUAGGUGGAGCAAAGGGGAAGAUACAGAAUGCAGAAUAUAGUUCUCAGCAUUGCAGCACAUCAGCUCCACAGACAAAUCCAAUGUCCACAACGGGGUAGAGGUGAAUCUGACAGCACCCUAGAUCAUGGAAGGACCUGAUAACAGAGGGCUAGAAGCUGUUCCAGAGUCUGGGGGUGUGUGUGUGUUUUCAAGUUUCUGUAUCUUCUUCCCAAUGGUGAGGAGAGAAACUGGGCAAGUCUUUGAUCAUAAGAGAUAGGAUCAGUAUUAGGCUAUUCGGCCCAUCAAGUCUACUCCGCCGUUCAAUCCUGGCUGAUCUAUCUCUCCCUCUUAACUCCAUUCCCCUGCCUUCUCCCCAUCGCUGACACUUGUACUAAUCAAGAAUCUAUCUAUCGUUGUCUUAAAAAUAUCCACUGACUUGGUCUCCACAGCCCUCUGUGGCAAA